AUUUGGUUUGACAACAAGAAACACUCUUUUCUUUUCUUUAUUUGGUUGGGAUUCGAUUGGAGUUUCUAAUUUUAUCUUCUCUUCAUUAAUUGCCUGUUAAACUUCUUAUCUGCAGCUAAAACUUGAAAAAAAUGGAACAAGGGUCCAUUCCUUCUCCUCAUAUACUCAUCUUUCCUGCCCAAGGCCAAGGACAUGUAAACGCCACGCUCAAGCUAGCAGAGCUUUUGAGCCUUGAUGGCUUUAAGAUUACCUUCAUAAAUUUCCCGUAUGUACAUGAACGUCUCGUUCGUAAUACGGAUGUUGAAGCUCGUUUCUCCAAAUAUCAUGGAUUCCAAUUCAAAACCAUACCAGUUUGUCGGCCAGACGAUCCUCAAUGGACUGAGCGGUUGAGAAAGUUAUCGGUGAAGAGCAAGCCAAUUUUUAAGAGGAUGGUGAUUGAGAGUAAACCAACAGUUAACUAUAUCAUAGGAGAUGCGGUGUUGGGAUUUGUCCAUGAUGUCGCCGUUGAGAUUGGAAUUCCUGCUAUUCAGAUGCAUUGCGUCAGUGCUUGCUCCUUCUGGACUUUCUUUUCUAUUCCUGACGUUGUUGCAGCCCAUCAACUUCCUAUUAAAGGAAAAGAAGACAUGGACAGGUUGAUCACAAAAGUACCAGGAAUGGAAACGUUUCUCCGAUGCCGAGAUCUUCCAGCAGGUUUCCGUCAAGUUAGCGACAUAUCAGACCCUAAUCUCUUCUUCAUCACCAACGAGAUACGAAAAUCCCAAGCACUUAUCAUCAACACCUUUGAAGAGCUAGAAGGACCAAUACUUUCCCAAAUACGCACUCGCUAUCCUAAAAUCUACACAAUUGGACCUCUCCAUGAGCAUCUGAAAACAAAACUAAGAAGCAUCGGAAAGCAAGAAUUGUAUUCAUCCUCGAACAGUCUCUGGAAAGUUGACGGGACCUGCAUCACAUGGCUGGAUAACCAGCCAUCGCAAUCUGUACUCUAUGUAAGCUUUGGUAGCUCCACAAUUAUGACAAGAGACCAGCUCAUGGAAUUCUGGUACGGUCUUGUUAAUAGCAAGAAGAAGUUCUUAUGGGUUAUAAGGCCUGAAUCUGUUAUUAACCAAGAUGGUGACAAUCUUGGAGAAAUUCCUGAGGAGCCAGGAGGAGAAAAGGAAAAAGGAUACAUCGUCAAAUGGGCACCCCAGGAAGAGGUUUUGGCACAUAAGGCAAUUGGUGGGUUCUUGACACACAGUGGAUGGAACUCUACUUUGGAGAGCAUAGCGGCUGGUGUGCCUAUGAUUUGCUGGCCUUACUUUGGUGAUCAGCAAGUGAAUAGCAGGUAUGUGAGUGAGAUUUGGAAGCUGGGAUUGGACAUGAAGGAUGUAUGUGAUAGAAGGGUUGUGGAGAAGAUGGUGAAUGAUCUGAUGGUGGAUAGGAGGGAGGAGUAUGUAAAGUCAACGGCUAGGAUGCAAGAGUUAGCAAGUAAGAGCGUAUCAGAAGAUGGAUCUUCUUCUUGUUGUCUGAACCGUCUGAUCGAGGACAUAAGGUUGAUGAACAAGAAGGCAUAUGCCAGCGAGAAAUGACAAGGAUAACUUGUCACAAUAAAGAAUAUUUUUUUAUUUAUUAUUUUCUUUACUCUUGUUUAGAUGAAAAGAAAAAUAAAAAAAAAUAAGAAAAAUAAAGUAUUAUCUGAAAGAGGAAAAAAUUAAGAGAGAAAAGUUUAUCACGAAUUUAUAAUUUUAUUCUAUAUAUUUUCAAGAGAAUUUAAGUAAAAAGAAUAAUUUUAGAAUUUUAGUAUAUCUAGUAAAUAUUUCUUCAUAUUUAAAUAUAUAGUAAGGAAGAUUUUUUCAUAAAAUAGAGAUACAGUACAAGUAAAGUUAACCAAAUGAAUGAAUACAAGAAUCUCAUUCUCUCUCUCUUUCGACUCUCUCUUCCUCUCCUUCUUUGCUUCUGUCUUCUUCUUUGAUCUUCUCUUCCUCUUUUCUUAUAAUCUCUCCUCUUCUGUUCUUCUUUUUCUUCAAUUACUUGUUGAGAUGGUAGCUGGGUUAGGUUCAUGAGCCAAAAACCUGACAGUUUCAUAAGCUUAAUUGUUGAAUCUGAUUGUUUGAGAAUCAUUGUGUUGCUGCACUUCAAAUACUGUCGUCAAAAUGGCAUGGGUAACGUUCUACUUGAUUGUUUGGACCUUGUUCAACUACUAGAUAGCUAUUUGUGGUCUUAUGUUCGCCCCUCUGCAAACUCUGUUGCUCAUACGUUGGCUAAAUUUCAGUCUGAUGAAGGAGGAGAGCAAGUGUGGAUCGGGGAUGUGUCUAGUUCUGUUGCUUCUCUUGUUUCUUGCGAUGUUUUGAAUUCUUUGUUCUUUAAUGAAAGCUUGCUUAUUAUUAAAAACAAAAACCUUUAUAUU